AGUACAAGACAGGGAAGACGCCAGCGUUGGCCCGUCGCUUAGGCUGCUGGUGUCGCACGUGCUCCUUCCGGUGAAGUUCAGGAUCAAGCGACGACCCGGGCUGAGCUCGUGCUACAGUGAUAAACGGUGGUGAAUAGUAGCUACAAUAUCUACAAUUAACAAAGGAGCUUGCUGCCACGCCCCAGGCCAUGGCCAGUGUAGCCUGGGGCCUGGCUACACCACUGGUCGCACUGGUCAGGUCUGGGCAGAAGGCCGGCCCCUGCGGGGGAAAGGAGCGGGGGUUGGUGCAGCGGCAAAUGAGGACGGGGUCGGCCGUGGAGGGAGGCUCGCCGGACGGAGCAGUCGGAGCAAGGAGGCAGGGUCGGCCAUGGAGGGAUUUUGCUUUGGGGUCGAUUCAGUUUGCUGUUCUCUCCUGAUCGAGCCGCUGCAUUGUUCCACCUUUCGCUUUGAGUUUGUUGUCGCUGCCUUGGAGCCGCGCAGGGGGCCGCCGCCAAGGACCUCCCCGAGAUCCUCUAUCGUGUCCUCCACGGCCCCCCGCGACGAGCGCAAGGACCAGGACGACGUCGCCGUGGCGGCCCCGGGGGCAAGAGCGGCAAGCGGCGCUGCGUCGGCGGCGGCAGGGCCGCCGCGGCUGAGGCCGCCAAGGCCCGGCGCGAGAAGGAGGCGGAGCACGCGCAGGCCGUGCCCGCGCGCUACGACUCUGACGAGGCCUUCCGCAACCUCUACGACGGCGUUGCCGACCUCUUCGCCGGGCUGCUCAAGUCGAGCCUGGAGCACCUGCGCGCGGGCGACACGGCCAAGAUCGCGUUCGCCGCCAAGUGAGGCCAUCGCGCGUCGCGUCUUCCCGCACGACUCGAGCCCCGAGUACCUCGCCAUCCCCCACAAGCACUACGCCUGCCGCGUCCGCAACCGGCUCCGCUGCGAGGUACAGGUGCCUCUCCGCAAGGUGCUCGAGCUCCCCGUGGUCUACAUGAGCGCCUGCAAGUGGGACGAGCUGCCCUACGCGCGCGUGGCGUCCACGGCCAUGCGCCAGUACAAGGAGGCGUCCUGGAUGGUGCUUCUUUCUUCUGAUCAUGGGGUCGGUGACGGCGGCCGGAAACCAGGAGGGCUGGCCGAGAAAGAGGGUGAGGACGUGGGGAUUGAAGAGGGUUCCUAUGCAUAUUGUUCAUUUCAAGGGAAAUAAUAAAUAAGCAAAAGGAGUAUCCACGGGAUGGAGCAGAGGCCAGCGUGGGGCGCAAGGAGCAGCAGUGGCAGAAUGGUGCUGCUUGCCGGGCAUUGGCCCUCGGAUGAAUUUGACGCCCGAGUCGAGCUGACGAGCCCCAUGGUUUGCUAUCAAUCUCUCAAAAAGGAAAAACGACAUUACUUUGUUAUUGGGAGAAACUUCCAGUAGAGUCGCUACCUUGACAGAGAUAAAUAUGCGAUCAAGGAUAUAUUCAGUGGUUUUUUGAGGAAAAAACUUGGAGGAUAUUUUUGCAGAUAGUUUGGUGCUCUCAUGGUUAUUUUGUCGAGAUUCUCCUUCUGUUCAUUAUUUGGGAACCAUCUCCUGCAGCUCAGCUACUGUCCAGCUGCUGCCCUUAUGGUGAUUGAUUAAUGGUGUGCUUCUUCUGUAACUUGAUGGAAGCUAGGAGGGCCGAGAUGAGCAUCCGGCUUCCUGGGUCUAAGCCAUCGAGAUGGUAGAGAGGUUGUUUCCAUGUCAUCUACUCUAGCAGCCGGACAGGGCAUAUAAAAACCAUGGAUCCUUGCUCCCCAGGCCGCAAAAUGGACACAGUGAUGUCUACGACCUCCUCCUAGAUGUAUUAAUCUCAAUCUCAUGUUUGGUUUUUGUCGGUGUCAAAACCGGCGGAUUUCGGGUAGGGGGUCCUGAACUGUGUGUUUAGGCGGAUGGUAACAGGA